AUGGCUCCCACCACUACCACCAAGACGACAGAGGAGACGACCAAGACCGGUCCCCCUAAGCUCUCCGACAUGGCCGACUCGAUCGACGAAUCCACCUUUGAACAGAUCCUCGAAAUGGACGAUGACGAUGACCGUGACUUCAGCAAGGGUAUUGUAUAUGGAUUUUUCGAGCAGGCCGAGAGCACAUUCGAGAAGAUGGAGAAGGCUCUGUAUGAGAAGAAACUUUCUGAUCUGUCGUCUCUCGGUCACUUCCUCAAAGGAUCGUCGGCAACGUUGGGUCUGAGCAAGGUCAAGGAAGCCUGCGAGAAGAUCCAGCACUACGGCGCCGGCAAGGAUGAAACCGGUACCGCCGACGAACCCGACCAGAGCACCUCGCUGAAGAACAUCGAAAAGACCCUGACUCAGGUCAAGGUGGAUUACAAAGAGGUUGAGGUGUUUCUCCGCAGAUUCUACGACGAAGAGUAA